UUGCCUCACGUGUCCCAACUGUCUGUGCCUCGCUGCACAAGAAGACCACCGAACACAAUUUGCUUCUUUCAUCAAAUUUAGCAACAUGAGUGGCAUAUUCACAGCAGUAAAGUCCGCCUUUACAUCCAAAGGACUAGAAACCCCAAAGUACAAGGUUAACGAGGAUGCCAAACAUGAGGGUUUCGAGGAGCGUCGCUACGAGGCGUGCAAGUGGGUGAGCACCAAGGUAAUGGCUAUGUCGUACAAAGAUGGCGUGAGCGCAGGUUUCUGGAGGCUCUUCAAAUACAUCAGUGGAGAGAAUGAACCAAAACAGAAGGUGGAAAUGACAGCGCCAGUGGCCACCCAGGUUGUGCCGGGGGCGGGUCCCAACUGUGAGAACACCUUCACCGUCUCCUUCUACAUCCCCCCGGAGCACCAGGCUGACCCCCCAAAACCCACAAACCCAGAGGUCUUCAUCAGCGACUGGCCGGAGAUUAACCUGGCAGUCAAAUCUUUCAGCGGUUUUGCAAAGGAGAGUGACUGGAUUAGCAAAGGGAGAGAACUGGCUGAAGAUGUUGAGAAAACCGACCUGAAGAACAAGUUUGUGAAGGAAUAUUACUUCACAGCUGGUUACGACAGCCCAUUUAAACUCUUCGGACGCCAUAAUGAAGUGUGGUUCCAACUGGAGGACUGAACAUGGACUAGGUGGAGGCGAACUCUCCUUAUACUGCCAUUGAAAUUAGCAUUAGUCAGUGUGAUGGGACUCUUAUAGAGUGAGAGGGAGACAUUAAGGUGUGUAGAACAUUCAGAAGGGAGUGAGAGAUAUAGAUGUGUGUGUGUGUGUGUGCGUGCGUCUGCGUGCGUGCGUGCGUUCGUGCAUGCAUGUGUAUUUGUCAGACGGUGACGAAAAUGCAUUUAAACAUAUGAGUGAGAGUGCUUGAGAACUGAAAGUGACACUGAGAUGUAAUACAGAGGAGAGCCAUUGAAUGUCUGCUAGUACUGUAGCAGCCAUAUAGUAACUGAAAGAGUGGCACUGAGUGACACUGAGAAGUGUGGGAGUAAAACAGUGAUAUUCCUCAUUGCCUCUGCUGUGUAGUCUAUCAGUAUCACAUGGGGCCAAAACAUCUUCCAUGUCUUGUCAGUACUGCUGUCUAAAUUCACUUGUUGAAUUAGGAAGUGUGCAGCAUUCUUAUAUAAAAUACCAGACCCACCUCUGCUGAUGAUCAAAAAGAAAGGUGCGGCCUCCACCUGCUGAUACCAUAUUAAGAGUUGACAUACUUGUUAAACAUUGCAAUAUUGUAAUCCUCAAAGUGAAACAAGACCUUGUUUAACAUCUGUUAUAUUUGUGAUUACACUUUCUAAGUAAAGCACAGAUUUUAGUCGGGUUGAUUCCCAUCCGGGAUUCAAACCCACACCCUCAGAGUCAGGCAUCUUAUCGCCAGCACACGAAGUGAGACGCCUGACCCAUGCAGCCAUGGUAGUCGUGGUGGUUAGGUGUCUCACUUUGUGUGCUGGUGAUUAGGUGCCUGACUUUGAGGGUGUGGGUUCGAAUCCUGGAUGGGACUCAACCCAACAAAAAUAUUAGAAUCUGUACUUUACUGAGAAUGUUACAUUUGACCACUUUCUAAAUGGCACUGUGUAUUCAAGGCCUUGUUUGUUGAAGCUCCUGAGUAUGUGUAGGGUGUAUAUAUAUAUUAUUGUACACCUAGCCCCCAGUGGGUUUGUGGGUUUAUCUCAUGAUUAUGAAAUGUGAAAUUUAAUGCCAUUUAUGAGGGAUUGUCAGUAUAUUAGCUUCAUCUGAUAUUUGUUGUUGAGAACAACGGAAAGUAUAUGUCUGUGGUUUCUUUUGGUUGUAUUAUGUAUUGAAAUAAAGACGUCAACAUGAAAGGUGAAGGACAUGGAUUGUAUGUUCCUAACACCUAAUUAAUAUUUUGCACAUUCUGAUGCAAUUGUAUUUAUUUUUGUGUAUUGCAUUGUCUUGUUGAUUGUAUUGUCCUUUUAUGGAAAAUAUAUGACUACUGAAGGAUGAUUGAAUAACUUAUGAGGAGUGAGUGUACCAUGUGCUUUUUGGGUUACACCCAAAAUGGGCUUCCCACUUUGUUUGUGUAGAAUCGAACCUUGGUGUUCAGCGACAAGUGAACGCUGUAACCAGUAGGCCACACUGGCCUGAGUUGUCAGAGUGAGUGAGUGAGUGAAUGAGUGUGCUUAGUUUUAUGCCGCUUUUAACAAUAUUCGAGCAAUAUCAUGGUGGGGGACCCCAGAAUUGGGCUUCACACAUUGCACCCAUGUGGGGAAUCGAACUCUGGUCUUUGGCAUGAUUGGUGAACGCUUUUACCACUAGGCUAGCCCACCGGUCCCUGUUGUCAGAAUGACAGGCAGUAUUCACAGAGUAUGCCCUUGAAAAUGUGUGCAUGAAUAUGUGAUGUUAGACAAAGUUGUGGCUUAACACACGACCAGGUAGGGCAUGUUCCAACUAUCAGUCAGUAUAGUUUAUUUUUCUCUCUGCACAUUUACCUCGAAUACUGAAAAUUCAAAAUGUUGAUUGGUGUCGUUUUGAUGACAUAUAUUCUUUCAGCAUGUGCAUUUGUCAAACAAUCUCAGUGAACAGUUGUCAUGGUAACUUCACAAUGACAUGUUUUGUGCUCAUUUCUAACUUUUUAUUAAAACUAUUUUGUAUACUUUGUUACCUAUAUAAACAAAAAUACUAUGAA